GCAUUAUAGGAGGAUCCAUACGUGAGUGUGAGAUGGCGAGUACGUACGGUAACAACCACCGCCACCUGCUGCAGCUGGUGCUGUCGUGCCGGAACAUCACGGCGCAGGUGAAAAACACCUCCACCUCUUCCAUCAUAGCCAUGGCUUCUUCUUCCGAGCAGGAAUUCGUGGCUCGUUACCGCGCGAACCUCAACCGCUACCCGAGAUCGCAUCGUUUCUGGGACGGCAAGGUGGCUUCCCGCGUUGGCGAGAAGCUAGGGCUCCGCCUCCGAGAAAUCGGCGUGACUGGCGUCCAAAUCGAUCCCUGUGAGGAGUACUCACGCCCCGUCCAUUAUCGGAUCAUGGUUUCUCCCUUGUUCGAUUCAAUCAAACGCGCCGGCGUCGAGGUCUCCGGCGUUGACCAAUUCAGCCAGGUGCCUCCUCCUCCUCCUCCUUCCUCCUGCUUGGACCGGUGAGUUUCAGUUUUCGAGCGUGAUGAUUGAGGAAUUAAUAUUUUUUUUCUUGUUCCCCAAUAUUUCUUCGAAUUGAAUUAAAAUCUGAGUCCAAGUUGUUGUUGUUGUUAUUAUCAUUUCAAAUUGAUUCCGAAAACAUGCCUUGUGUAGUGAGAAUAAAAGUUGUGCCCGUUCAAGUGGCGAUAUUUUUUUGGGACUA